AUGCCACAGCGAACCAAAGUUGCUAUCGUGGGCGCCUCGGGCGACACGGGUUCAUCAGUGGUCCAGGGGCUCUUGAGCCAACCCGAUCAAUUUGAUCUGGUCGCAUUUGCCCGAGUAGAGAGUCUCGAAAAGGAUGAAUACGCCAGACUUCGAGAACGCGGGGCGUCAGUCCUACCUAUUGAUCUCAAGGGCCCCAUCACGGCUGUUGUGGAGCUUCUCAAGGACUUUGAUGUUGUUAUUUCGUGCAUGACGCUCCUCUCGUACGAAGACGAGAGAAAUCUUAUUCUGGCGGCCAGCAUCGCCAAAGUUGGCCGGUAUGUGCCCAGUUUCUUUGGGCCGUGCUGCCCCCCGCGAGGCGUCAUGGGCGCCAGGGAGAAGAAAGAGGACUUGCUUGAUUUGAUCAAACUCCAUUAUCUUCCGUACACCAUCAUCGAUGUAGGCUGGUGGUACCAGCUAUCCUUGCCCGAGUUACCUUCAGGCCGACUCACAGUUCAGGCAGAGAUCUCCAACACCGAGAUUAUCGGUGACGGGAAUACUUCCAUGGCGCUCAUUGAUAACCGAGACAUUGGCAAGUUUGUGGCUCGCAUCAUUGUGGAUCCCCGUACAAAGAACAAGCAUGUCUUCUGCUACGGCGAAGUCAUGUGCCAAAAUGAGAUCUUUGAUAUCCUUGAAAACCUCAGCGGGGAACGCAUUUCUAGACACCAAUUGCCGGCAGAGACUCUCACAAAGCAGAUCGGGGAGGCACUAGCCGAAUUAGCCAAAAACCCUACUGAUCCACAAAACAUGCUGGUAGUUGGAAUGGGACAAUAUCGGCAGCUUUUGGGAGUCAGGGGAGACAACACGCCCCAAAAGGCUCGGUACUUGAACUAUUUGGACGGAAAAGAGAUGUAUCCCGACGUUCGCAUCACGCCUUUGAAGGAGUACAUUGAGGACGCUCUGGCUGGUAAAGCCACUGUGCCGCGUAGCCGGAGGUAG